AUGUCGAAAGCGAAGCCGGCACCAGUGAGGCGACAGACGAUCCCGCAGCUUGAACUGAGAGCAGCUGUGCUUGGCGUUCGCGUUAGUCAUCUCGUCGCUGAAUCCAUCGGUAUCCCAGUGUCAGCUCACACAUUUUGGACGGACUCGAUGAACGUCUUGGGCUGGGUCCAAAGCCACAGCCGGCGCUACAAAGUGGACAUUGGCAACCGAAUCUCUGAGCUCCAGACCUCAACGAGAGCACACCAGUGGCGACAUGUUCCCGGAAAGAACAACCCUGCAGACAAAGGUACUCGUGGUUUGUCUGCUGCAUUACUGUGCCGUGACGCAGUGUGGUGGUCCGGUCCACAGUUUCUUCGCCAGCAGCCAGAUGAGUGGCCUCAGAUGAAGGAAGUCAGCACAUCCUCGCUGCCUGGUCAGCUCAAGACGGCGCUAGUUGCAGUCGUCCCUCCACCCUCCGAGAUCCUGGGUCGCUUUAGCACAUGGUCGCGACUGGUACGCGUGACAGCAUGGUGCAAGCGAUUUGUGGCAAACUGUCGGCAGGCAGUCAGUGACAGCAAGUCCACGAAGGGGGAUGCCGCAUCGGACAGCCAGUCCAGCACGCCAGUGAGAGUGCCAGUACAGCUUGGCGGCACCCGCUCCAUCAGUGUUCCAGUUCUCAGCACUGACGAAGUAUCAGUAGCAGAGCGGCACUGGAUUGCAACUGCCCAGAAGGAUUGCCAUGGUACAGCAUACCAUCGUCUACAGUCUAGGCAACCGAUGUUGAAAUCGGACCCUCUGGCACCUCUCUGUCCCCAGUUCGAUAGUGCAACAGAGUCACCCCUGAUGACGGUAGGAGGUCGAUUGCAAGCUACAAAGAACAUGCCAAGUGGCGUACGCCACCCAGUCAUCCUACCAGCAAAGCACCGAGUAACCCAGCUGAUAAUCGAACAGGAAGAUCAUCGGUGCUUCCAUGCAGUUGGGCCACAGCAUCUUCUGGCCAAUCUGCGACAACGCUACUGGAUUGUUCACGGAACAUCAACAGUCAAGGCCGUUCGAAGCAACUGCAUCACUUGCCGUAAGAACCGUGCGGAGCCAGCGUCCCAGAUGAUGGGCCAGAUUCCAGACUUCCGAGUUGCAGGCUCGUUGAAACCGUUCAGCCGUACAGGAGUUGAUUACGCGGGUCCCUUCCUGACCAAGCAGGGCCGAGGUAAGACGCAAGCUAAGCGGUACCUGUGCCUGUUCACUUGCCUUGAGACUCGUGCCUGUCACCUAGAGGUAUCCUAUGGCCUCUCCACUGAGUCAUUCCUGUUAGCAUUUGAGAGAUUCACAAAGCGCCGUGGUGUCCCGCUUGAAAUGGUCAGCGACAACGGGACCAACUUCACUGCCGCGGAGCGAGAACUCCGUGAGGCCGUCCGGGCCAUGGACAAGGAGAAGAUCGAGAAGCGACUGGUCAGUGAUGGCGUGCGAUGGCGCUUCAACCCACCUAGAGCACCACAUUUCGGCGGCGUAUUCGAAUCCCUCAUCAAGACGGCUAAGCGCGGACUCACAGCAGUACUUGGGAAAGCGGACGUCACAGAUGAAGAGUUAGUGACUGCCAUGUGCCAGGUUGAGGGCAUGAUGAACUCGCGCCCGCUGACAGUUGUAAGUGCCGAUGCAGCUGAUUUGCAGCCUCUAACACCAGCACAUUUCCUCGUCGGACGACUCGACCCACCAAUGGCUCUGGAAGUGAAAGCAGACGAGCACCCCAGCAGAGACCCACGCAAACGUUGGUUGUAUGUUCAGCGGCUUGUAGCAGACGUGUGGAACAGGUGGCGAGAUGAGUAUGUUCCCUUGUUGAAUGUCCGUCGUAAGUGGCAACGUCAAGGUCGCAAUGUAGCCGUAGGUGACAUCAUGCUGUGUCUUACAUCAAACACUCCCCGUGGAACAUGGCCCAUGGGUAGAGUCACAGCAGUGCAUCCUGGUGCAGACAAGCUCGUCCGAGUAGUGGAUGUUAAGAUCGGCGACAAGAUCUACCGACGGUCUAUCCACCAUCUAGUACCUAUUCUGGACACCGAGUAG